AUGAAACGACGUAUGAGACGAUCUUUGAGAAAGCUUGAAAGAAAAUUUAGUCAAGCAAAAUCUUUCACUGCAAGUUUGGUACGUAGCAAUAGUUCGUACCAUUAUUCUUACACGACUAGUUCACCAAUGUCACCAGCGUAUCCAGCAAAUAUAUCUGACGAUGAUGAUGAUGAUGAUGAUGAUGAAUCUGUAUUCAGCCCAGCAUUACCAAUCGAAUCGUCCAUAGAUGACGUUCGACGUUCACCAGUAACACUUAUACCGUGUGAAUUUUGUCAAAUACAACAGCCCAGUCGGACUCUAACACGCCAUGAGUCGUCAUGUCCACAAAAUCCAAGUUAUUCUCGGGUACGAUCUUCAGCCCGACGUCAUACAAAUGCUGGACGACAUCGUCGUGCAGUUUCUGAUUCGCUAUCUCCACCGCCACCUAGUGCACCACCUCGUUCGCGUAGUUCGUCAAUAACAGACGAUAUUUCUGGACCGGAACAUCUUAUAUGUCCAAUAACAGGUGCCAUGUUCCGUGAUCCCGUUGUUGCCAGCGAUGGUCAUACAUAUGAACGAAAGGCUAUUAUUCGUUGCCUUCAAAAAGAGAAAAUAAGUCCAAUUACACGUCAACCCAUGUCCAUCGACAAACUCAAUCCUAAUCGAAUUGUAAAGCAAAUGGUUGAUGAGCGUCGUGCUGAAUGGCGUAAAAAAAAAUUGCUUUAUAAAUUUAAACUCGAUAUUGAUCUAAAGAAAAGCGAAGAAAUACCUAUAAAAAAAACAAACACCAAAUCCAUUUAUCGUGGAGAAUGGAUAAGAAAACCUUCCCCAUCGAUGAAUCCAAAUAUAUAUUUGGUUCAUUUAAUUGGUGAGAAUGCAGAAAAAAUUUCAAAUAUGUGCUGCCGUAUUAAACCACAUUCGAAUAUUGUUGUAACAUUCGGUAGAAUUGAACAUAAUGAUACUGGCGUUCUUCUUGCACAAGAAUAUCUAGCGGACGAAACACUUUCACAAUUAAUUAAUAAUUCUCCGGAGAAAUUAUCAAUUAAUGUUAUGGACACAAUAAUUUAUCAAAUCGCAUUGGCUCUUCAACAUAUUAAUAAAAGUAAAACGAUUUAUGGAACGAUUACAAGCGACGAUAUAAUUAUUUAUAAGUUUCAUGAUACUGAUCCAGAAGGUAUUACAGUUAAACUAGCGAAUACUGGGGAUACAGGAUCGGAUGAAUCAUCGCGAGAUGUUUGUUCUGAAAAAUCGGAUAUAUAUGCAUUUGGUGAAUUUGCGCAAGCACUAUACUCAUCAAAAUUAGAAAUGAGUCGAGAAUGUUUAAACGAACGAGAAGCUUUAUUUCUACACUGUCUAGAAAAUGAUCCAAAUGAACGACCUACAUUCGAUGAAUUGAUCGAAUUUAUCAGCAAAUUUACCGACGAAGACAAAGCGAAAUCGUUUUAA